AUGGAGAAAUUGGAUCAUGCACAGGUUCUAGAUUUGCAGGAUGUCCCAAUAGAUAAUCUGCCAGACAGAGUAACGUGGUUAUUCAAUUUAAAAUUUUUAAAUUUGAAGGGAACUCUAAUUAAGGAGCUUCCAGAAUCCAUUGGACAGCUCUGCAACCUUCAAACCUUGAACAUCAAUGAGACAAAAAUAGAGGCACUUCCAAGAGGUAUUUCCAAGUUGCUAAACUUACGUCAUUUACUUGUGGGGAGGUUCAUUUCCAGAAAGCUUACGUUCCUUGGCAUUACAAAUGUGAAAGAAAGAGACGAGGAGGACCUAUGUUCCUUAAUUCAAGAGAUGAAGGUCCUUUCCCGCUUGAGUUUAUUUGUAGCAGAUGGAGAGGAAUUUCUUCGAGUUGAGGCAUUGUCUUCACUGCCUCCCUACCUUGAUAGACUUGAAUUGGUCGGCAAACUGGAAAAGGUACCACAUUGGUUUUGUUCACUCCACUGUCUCACAUAUAUGAAUCUGGAAGGGUCCAGACUUGAAGAAGAUUUACUACCUCAUAUUGAAGCAUUACCCUCUUUACAUAUGCUUUCCCUUGAUGAUGCGUCAGUUAGGAAAGAGUUAUGUUUCAGCAGAGGCUUUGUGAAGCUUUGGUAUUUGCGGUUGGGGAAUUUCGCAUUAUUAAAUAAGAUAACUAUAGAAAAAGGGGCGAUGCCAAAUCUCGAGGUCUUAGACAUUCUUAGUUGCAUGACGUUAGAAACGUUGCCACAGGGUGUUGAGCACCUUACUAAACUAAAACGAUACAGAUUUGAUAAUGUUUCAGAGAAGUUUAGAGAAUCCAUAAAACGAGGUGUGGAUCAUUCAAGGAUGCUACUUGUCGACGAGAGAUGUAAGAAAUAUACGUAA